CUGGACUAGUAAUUUAAUCUUUGUAUCCUAUAUCUACACUAGUAUCAAAAUAAAGCAAAAUCCUCUGUCAAAAACACCCUGAAGCUAAUUAGAAGACAGAAAAGUAAAGUACAGUCAGCGCAAAACUCGGCAGAAGCUGAGACCCUUUGUCCGUUUUAUUGCUCUCUGUGAUGAAUAUUACUAGUACUACCUCUUAGCUUCUAGUUUCUGCGUUGUCAUCCAAAUCCAUGGAGUUAUACCAGGUUUCUAGCUCCUAAUCUCUACAGAAGGGUCAUCUCUUUAGAGAUCCUUUGAGCAAGAUACUGUGUGUAUUCUCUUCCCUUGCCUCCUUUUCAUCUUCCUGAUUGAAUUGGACUCUCUAUUCAAGAUCAAAACAAGACCUGCAUUUCUUUUCAGUUUCGUUUCUUGUUAAAAUGAUUAUUAACAUUACCAACAAAACCAACGCCAACAAUCAACCUUCCAUGUCAUUCCCAUCAUCACAAUCAUUGAUAAGGAGCCGGCCGCUUUUAGGACACGCCAACUCCUCAAGUUCCUCCUCCUGCAGCGGCCGUUUAGGUGAGUUAGCUGGAGGGACAACGGCAGAGUGUGCAGCAAUAUGUUGUUGUUGUCCAUGUGGAUUAGUUAACCUUUUGGUUCUCACCAUGUACAAGGUUCCUGUUGGAAUAUGCCGCCGUGCUUUGAGAAGAAAACGAAGGAAAAAGCUGAUCAAGAAAGGCCUUCUGCCGCCGCGAACGAGGAGUUGUAGCUGUGAUUAUGAUGGUACAGAAUUACAGAUUCAUCCAAUGGCUUGUGUUGAGGAUUCAUUGAGAGAGUUCGAUGAGGAAGCGGCCUUGAAGGAGGAGGAAGCUAUGGUGAAGUUGGAGAAGGAGAUGUGGGAGACUUUUUGUGGCACUGGGUUUUGGAGAAGUUCUUCUCAAAGAGAAUUACCAUUUAAGAGAAGCGUUAGUUCUCCAAGAGAGGCACCUAAGGCUAGAAUCUAGAGGCUAAUUGAAUUCAAUAAAUAUUCAGAGCAUCAAAACUUGGUGUUUGCCUCUCUUUUUAUUAUUGCUGCUGUUUCUUUUCAUCUAUCUGGUAAUUAAUUUUUUUUCUUACUUUUA